AUGAAGCUGCCUCGCAUUCUGCUUCUGGCUAGCGUUCUGCUGCUGGCGCUGUUCACGCUCAGCGCCUCGGCUGCUACGCACUGGGACAAGGACGACCACGAGAUCUUUGAGCUCCAGUCGGCGCUCGAACGAUCCGAGGGCAAAGGGGCCACGUUCUACUCUGUCCUCAACAUCCCACGCACCGCCUCUGCCGCCGAGAUCAAGCGUGCCUACCGCAAGAAGUCGGUUGAACUUCAUCCUGACAAGAAUGCCGGUGUUGCGGGCGCACAGCAGCGAUUCGAACGGCUCGGGCUUGUAUACAAGAUCCUGCGCGACGGACGCAAGGAUCGCUACGACCACUUUGUCGCCGCCGGCUUCCCCAAGUGGCGCAACAACGGAUACUUUUACGAGCGGUACCGUCCUGGCCUAGGUGCUGUUAUCGUCGGCGUGGUUUUUGCGACCAUGCUAGUUGAGGUGGCCAUUUCGAGGUUGACGACCAAGCAGGAACGUGCCAAGAUCGAGCGUCUCAAGAUGUCCGCCCGGCUGGUAGCAUGGGGCCCGAGGUACGCAGCGAUUCUUGCGUCGAUUCGACAUCCGCCUGCUCCGCCCGCGACCGUGUCGAAGCUGGCUACGGUGGAGAAGAAGGUUCGCGUGCCCAUUACCGGGUUCACUCUGCCGGCCUUCCCCUCGGAUGCACAGAUCAAGAGCAAUGCUGUGGAUUGGGACGCCCUCGAAACGCAGACGCGCAACGUGCUCGUCAGUGCCACGGGCGAUGGCGCACCCAUCGUCGACUGCCUCGUACACGCCGCCGACGUGUUGCUGCUCGACAAGUUCUCGGGAGACUACAUUGCGCUGGAUGAGGACGAUGCCCAGCCGGCACAGUUUCACACCACUUGGCCCUUUAGACUCGUCGCCGCGGUGAUCAACAAGAUCACCGGUAAGCACGAGGACGUGCUCGCUGAGGUCGACGAUACGACCCAAGGACCCGCCAACCCAGUCAAGAACAAGAAGAACAAGUAG